UUCCAUUAAAGCUAUGUUGGCAAUUUGAGUCUAUUUGCAUAAUUAACUGUGCUUAUUAAUUGUUUAUUUGGUUAAUUAAUCUUAAGUUGACUAUGAUUAAGGGGUUAAAUUAAUUAAUCUUUUCUUAAUUGUGUUCAGUUAUUAAAAUAAGUGUCAGGCCCUCGUGCUUAUACACAUAUAUACACGGAUAUACUUGAGUGUACAUGUAUAUCACAUGUAUAUACAUAUGUAUUUAGGGCCCAUUUUUCCUAUCUCUUUAAAGCUAGCCAAGCCCGAUCCAAUAAAGACCACGACCCGGCCCAAACCAAGUCUUAAAGGGGUAAUACCCCGUUUUAUUCCUUCAGCAACCAAACGAACCUUUACGCAUAAAAGAGGGUUUCCUUAGCUGCUCUCGGUCUCUUCCUUUCUCAUACGCCAUUUGUUGCCAAAUAUGGCAUCAGAACAGUGUACUAUUGCUUGUUUCAGAGAUUGGUCAUCCGCUUUGGGUAGAACAAUUAAUGUUCUACCCUCUCUCUUACCAAACGCCACCGUUGAAUCACCAAAGAGGUGAGGUUGCCCCUCUUUUAUGCUUUUGCUGCAUUUUUCAACGGUCAUAGACUGCUUUCUCUUAAUUAUUUUUGUUGUAUUGUGAUUUGAAUCCGCGAUUCCUAUUGGUUCUUGAAGAAUCUCGCAGAUUGACUAUGCUUAAGCCAAAUCUGGCCAUUAAUUUGCUUAUAUGUUUGAUUUCUGGCUGUAGGAUGUGGUUUGGAGAGAAGUUAUUUUAAAAAUUGCUAUACUCCCACAUCGGUCACAAAUUAGGGUUUUUGAGAAUUAGGGGUUCUAUAUAAAGAACCCCAUUUCUACCAUUUGAAGAGAAAGCAACUGAAAAUAUCACUUGCACACAAAAAGACUCGAAAUACCUAGGGUUUCAAUCAAUUUGAGACCUUUAAUUUUUCUAAGUCAAGUUAAGUUUUUAUAUCUUUGUUCUUCUUUGUUUUGUGGCUGAGUUCUGAGCUUGGGUGGAGUAGCUAGGGGUCUCCAAGUCCAUUCUCAACAAAAAGGCUGCACAAAAAAGAGGUAAAAUGGCGCAAAAUUCGAAAGAAAUUCAACAAGUUCAAGGCGAGGAGGAGGUUCCCGCUUAUGAGAAAUUUCCAACACCCGAGAGCUACCAGUUGUACUUACAGUAGUUGCCCAUGUCCGUAUUAUUAGAGCGGGGCUUCAAUAUAACCAAUGGGGACAAACGGUCUUCGGAUUUUCUCGCUUGGUUAGAUCGAAUGAAGCAGAACCGUCUGGUUGAGGAUCCCGAUUUUUGCAAUGUAAGUUGGGUGAGGGAGUUUUACGCUAUGUUGCCUAUGGUGGACUGGGAUUCUCCUUUCCCAGAGAUCGUUAUCGGGGGGUACUAGAGUGAAGGUGAGACCCAUGGCCAUCAAUAGGGUGUACAACUUGACAAUCAUCCAGAGGAGCCCCUUGCCGCUAAGGCCGCGGAGCAGGACUCGUGGUGGUUGUCUUCGGUAUUGGUUCAUGAGAGUGAGAUGAGGUAUGCCAUUUGGGCCGACGGUAAAAUUGCGAUUUCUAGUGACUGUUUUAUUACGGAGGCAAAGAGGUGGUUGAACAUUAUCUCCCGUAGGGUGCGACAGUCAAAGAAUGUCCGGGAUGUGACUUACCCUCGUGCUUUGGUUGUUACUUGUAUCCUUGCGGACAUACCAGUUAAUGUAGGUUUUCAGGUGGUCGCGGAGUGGAAGGGCUUCUCGAGAAAGGAUGUGCGAGUCUGAUGUUCCCAUUCUUGAUCACCUCACUAUACAAGAGAUUUAAGGUGCCCAGAGAGAAGGCGACGGACGAGUGGGCCCCUAGUGAUAACCUCUUUCACCCGCUUCUGGUGAAAGGUUGGGGUACUACCGUUGUUAGCUGGGAUAGUAGAAAGAGGAAGAAGGUUAGUGAUGCCCGGGAGGGAGGCAGCGGGGCUGAGGCUGAUGACGAGAUCGGUGAUGAGGGCGGUCAGGAGACCGAGGUCGGGCCUCUUGCCUUCAGGGUCCUUUUAAGCGCAUCGAUACGCGCUUUGAUAAGAUGGAGGCCAUGUUUCGGGCGAUGUCCAUGCCAGCUAGUGGUUCCAGUUUAUCAGGUGAUGCUGCCGCCUUUGUCACCAAGGAUGAGAUGAAGGGUUAUUUCAACACCCAGGAGACUAUGGGAGAGUCUUUUGCCUCCAUGCUGACAAUCUAUUCCACCUUGGCCAUAGAUCACAGAAAACUGCGGGAGGAGUUUGAUGCUGAGGUUGCAUGGAACAGAUCCCAGGUCAAAGUGUUCGUUUAUAACUGGAGUGGGACCAAGGCCAUAUGGGACACCAUGCGCCCUGGCGUGUUGGUUCCCAUGGGCGACGAGGACGACUUGGACAGGUAUUCCUUCCUAGAGAUGCACCAUGAGGCUGGUGGUGCGGCUGGGUGGGUGGAGACAGUUAGUAGCUCUGACGAUGAUGACGCCAUGAGCAAGAUGGAUGAUUAGAGACCCCUUUCCCCCCUUUUCCUUUUGGUGAUGUUAUGGUUGCCCAUGUCGGGUUCUGCAGUUUUAGACAAUCUUUCUUUUCCUUUGGUUUGUUUUGUUCCUCCUAUUUGGAUGAUGUUGUGUUUGGUCUUCGGUCAGCCUGGUUCAUGGCUCAUGUUUGGAUAAUUGUUUUGUGAUGUUGAAU